AUGCAAAGGAGCAGAAGUAAAUUGUGGAAGGAGUAUACUGCGCCCAAUGGACUAAAGUACUACUAUAACACCAAGACCCAGGAAACCACCUGGACUAAGCCCGAUACGGAGCAAAAGGACGAGACUGCAGACAAAGAGAUAGAAAUCAAACCGUUAGUUGCCUUUGAGUUAUUGGCUGGCUGGGCUCUUAUUAUAUUUUCAGAUGGUUCCAAGAAAUAUUACAACUGCAAUGAGAGCCAAUGGUCCAGGAAAAUAAGUCAUCCCGAGUGUCUCAAGCUAAUUGAUUUACUUAAUAAGGACAGGCUUUUGUUACUGAUUGGGAUUAUACGAGGCUACAGGUGUCGAACCAAUGCGAAAGAUCUGGUUAAUGAGAUUCGUGAAGACAUUGACUUCAUUCGGGAAGAUAUGAAUGCUGCCAAGACUUCGGAAGAUAUGAAGUCGGGUAGCACAGUGAACAAUUUAGAGAACACUAAGAAUGCCUUGUUAGGAUAUUAUUCAUCUGAUGAUGAGGAAGAACCUGCAAAGCGAGACGAACAAGCAGUGGUUGAAGAGCCUGAUGAAACGAAUACAUUAGAAGUACCGGAUAUCACCCAGGAACUCGGGCAAGACAUAAAGGAUAGCUACUUUGCUUUGUUUGCGAAACAUGAAUUAAACAAGUACUCUACAUGGCGCAUAGAAAGUGAGAAAGUAUCACAAGAUCCGGAGUUUUACAAAAUCAUAGAUGAUGCGGUGCGUGAGAAUAUAUUUGAAGAAUGGUGUAAUGCGGGAUCUGUUGAGUCUAAUGAAGAAAGCGGUGAUCCUGGUGAUGAUCAAUUUGAGCCCACUAAGUAUCACUACUUGUCACAGUUGGUUGCCAACUAUGAUCUCAAGCCGGAUACGAUACCAGAAGAUAUAAUCAAGGACAAGAAGUUGAUCAAGAAAUAUAGGAUCAAGGACUACACCACCAAGUCUGAACAAAGACAAUUCCUAAGCAAGAUGUUAGCUUGGUAUAAGCAUAUGAGUCUAGAGGACAGAAAGCAGAUGUUUCAAACAUAUAUAGAUCGCAUUCCAGUAGGAAAAUAUACGGAUAUAGAUAGCGAUGCCCAAGAGGACGUCGAGUCGCAACUGCUGGAGCUAGAGAAUCAGCUUGGGAUACCCACUUCAGAAAACGACCUGGAAUACUAUUGUAUUGAUCUGCGGUCCAAGCGUGACAUACUGCUAUCGACUAUCAGGAACCGUGUCAAUGGCAAAUAG